AUGUUAACAAGAGGUCGCGGAUUGAACAAUCGUAAAGUGUUCGCAAAGAACAAAGAGAUAUGGUCAAUUGAACGCGGGCGAAGAGCAGCGGGCGUGACGUCACGCGCGGACGAGGCCGAUGCUGCGAGGAUCGUGACCGGAGGCGCGCGGCGAGCUCGCGCAGCCAGCCUGGCCUCCAGUGACUCGGGUGAAGAGGGCCUAAGGCCACCGCGCAAGCGGUCGCGGAGGCAGUCGCCGCGUCCGACCAUGCACCAGCCGUGCACGAACGGGGCGCACCUGAAUGGUGACGCCGUGCGCAAUGGAGACCUGGCACCAGGAUUGCGGAUGCCCACCACCGACCAGGAGAUUGUCCGCCUCAUCGGGCAGCACCUGCUCUCUGUUGGACUUGAGCGCAGUGCCGCCCUCCUCAUGGAGGAAUCAGGUCUGCAUUUGGAGCACCCGGCAGCAGCCACUUUCCGGCAACAUGUGCUGGCAGGGGACUGGGUAAAGGCCGAUCACGAUCUUCGCGCACUGCACGACUUGUUGCGUGACUCGCCGCAUCGAGACCCUCAUAAUUUGUCUGAAAUGAAGUUUGUAGUGCUAGAGCAAAAGUACUUGGAGCACCUAGAAGCUGGUCGUGUUCUUGACGCCCUGCAUGUGCUGCGUAACGAGCUGACACCACUGCAGCAUGACACUCCUCGUGUGCAUCGCCUUUCCGCGCUCAUGAUGUGCGCAGAUGCAGAGGAGCUUCGAACUCGGGCUCAGUGGGCCGGCGGGGCAGCAUCCCGAGCAGCAGUACUUGCCCGCGUUCAAGCAGUUUUACCACCAGCUCUGAUGAUGGCUCCAGGGAGGCUUAGGUCCCUCCUGGCGCAGGCGGCUGCAUAUCAGGCGCAACGGUGCCGCUUUCAUGCUGCACAGAAGCCAUCUCCAGAACAGAACAGUGAACAAAUCCCAUUUUCGCUCUUGGCUGAUCAUCAGUGUUCUGCUGACCAGUUUCCUAUUCACUCACUACAGGUGUUGAAUGAGCACUGUGAUGAGGUGUGGUACUGCAAAUGGUCUCCAGACGGUUCCAAGUUGGCAUCAGGCUCCAAAGACCAUACAGUUAUGAUAUGGGAUUUUGAUCCAGUGGCCAAGAGACUCUCAUUCAGAAAGUCGCUUGAAGGCCAUCUAUAUGGUGUAUCAUAUUUGGCAUGGAGUCCUGAUGGUCGUUACCUGAUCGCUGCUGGCCCAGAAGACUGUCCUGAUCUAUGGAUAUGGAACAUGGAGACUGAACAACUUCACUUGAAGAUGACACACUCCCAAGAAGACUCGUUGACGGCAGUCGCUUGGCACGCGUCGUCCGACAAGUUCGUCUGCGGCGGCGCACGCGGACAGUUCUACCACUGUACUCUUGAUGGUUCGUUAAUAAACAAUUGGGAUGGUGUUCGUGUCAACGCGCUUGCGUGUCGCGCGGACGGCGCAGUUCUGGCGGCGGAUACUCAUCACCGCGUGCGUCAGUACGACUUCACAGAUCUCACCGACAGGAACCUCAUUCAAGAGGAGCACGCCGUAAUGGCGAUGUCCUUGAAUGCAGCAGAUACGCUGCUAUUGCUCAACGUGGCUAACCAAGGCGUUCACCUGUGGGACGUUCGUGCCCGCGCCUUAGUACGGAGGUUCCGUGGCCUGUCUCAAGGUCAUUUUACGAUUCAUGCUUGCUUCGGAGGAGCACAUCAGGACUUUAUAGCGUCCGGCAGUGAAGACAACAAGGUGUACAUCUGGCAGUUAGAACGCGAGGAACCGAUCGCGGUUCUGCCAGGCCACACCCGUUGCGUGAACGCCGUCGCUUGGAAUCCCGUACACCACGAUGUGCUGGUCUCCGCCUCGGAUGACUAUUCGCUGCGACUGUGGGGUCCGAGGGACCCGCGCGCGUGA